UUUUCCUCAGCAGUCCAGUGGAGACGCCCCCUAGUGUUCAGAUUGUACCACAGUUUCGUUUCUGAGGAAACCUUCAUGAAGUGAAUAAAUACCAGUCCAGCUCGAGGCUGCUCACAACAGAGGAAAAACACUACAGAAAGGAGAGCAGAGAAAAAACCAUGGACCCUGUGACAGGUGCAGCAGUUGUAGGAGGUGCAGUAGUGGCUGUGGUCGGGGCCCCACUUGCUCUGGCAGCCGCAGGUUUCACCUCAGCUGGAAUUGCAGCAGGUUCACUGGCUGCUAGUAUGAUGUCGGUUUCUGCAGUGGCUAGCGGAGGUGGAGUGGUAGCUGGAGGUGCAGUGGCUGUUUGCCAAUCAAUAGGUGCGGUUGGUCUGUCGGGGGCCACUGCAGCUGUCGCCAGUGUUGGAGCAGCUGGGGGGUUGUUGGCACGCCUCUUUUUCUGAAUAAUCAACAAUUGGUUAUCCUGUUAAUCUAAUGAAGCAAGUGAUGAAGCAGCAUGUUUAUGUUCUGAAAUGUUUGGAAAGUUGUCUGGUUUGCAGUUACCUGACAUGAUGUUUCAUUGUUUGAAUCUUACAUCUCACAAAAUAAAAGCAACCACGUUAAAACACA